CGUCUAAAAACCCUUUCUUAAACCCUAAAACACAAACCCCGAUUCUUCCUCCCUCGCUUCACAAACCAAAAAUGGCUCUUACAUCCAUUCUCAGGAAAUCCGCCUCCUCUCUCUGCCCCUUAGCCGGUCGUCUCGUUCGGGGCCAACGACUUUACGCUACUUCUAUCUUCAAUUCCUUCAACACCCACCGCCCGCUUUUCCCUCCCUCUGUCACUUCUUUUCGAGUUUUUUCGUCUUCGAAGCGCUCAAGUUCCGAUGACUCUCUCCUUCGAGUCAUUGACUCCGAGAUCCAAUGCGCCACCGAAACUGACGAUCACGAUCGGGUUGAAGAGGUGCCCGAAGGAUUCCCAUUUGAGAUUCAAGAUCACCCCGGCUUGCAAACUGUAACUUUGAAAAGAACAUAUCAGGAUGAAGUUAUUGUUGUUGAAGUUCACAUGCCUGAUCUAGUUUCUGGUCAGGAUGCUAAUGACAACGACGAGGACGACGACGCAGAUGAUGAUAAUAAGGCAAAUCAGUCUUGUAUUCCUUUGGUUGUUAGUGUUUCUAAGAAGACUGGACCUUCCCUAGAGUUUAGUUGCAGCGCUUACCCUGAUGAGAUUUCCAUAGACAGCUUGAUUGUUAAAAAUCCAGAGCAUUCUGACGAUCAAAUUGCCUAUGAAGGCCCUGACUUCCAUGAUUUGGAUGAGAAUCUUCAGAAGGCCUUCCACAAGUAUUUGGAGAUUAGAGGUAUUAAACCGAGCACAACGAACUUCUUGCAUGAGUACAUGAUCAACAAAGACAGCAGAGAGUAUUUGACGUGGCUGACCAAACUCAAGAGCUUUGUUGAAGCAUAAGAAGAAUAGACUUCUAUAUAGCCAAUGAAUCAGUCUUCCCCUUUUGUUUUAGAGUGUUGCAACUUUAAUUUCUUUUUUCUUUUGGGCCAGAAUGAACGUUUGUGUCAUGAACCUAUCUGGAGAUUAUUUUUCUGUUACAAUUAAAGAGCUUUACUUGUUAGAGUAAAAGAAUAUGCGUCAUUUGCGAGGAUUUUGUAUCUCAAGAAUUCAUUUAUCUUAUUACUAUUUCAUGUUUUUUAAGUAA